UGAGGCCCUUCAAGACGGUGGCCACUCGCUGUCCAGCGCCCCAAUACUGAGCACCCUUUACGCACCUAAACACCACAACACGCAAGAUGUGUUGCCGCAAGAUCUUCGUCCACCAUCGCUGUGGCCACAACGUCACAUCUGUCCUCGAGGGAUGUGAAAAGGCUGAGUGCCAGUCAACCAAGGACAAACCUAUCAUCUCAAACAAAUACCCUUGUGUGUACCCGGCUUGCGAGUAUUACGGCAUGUUUGACUAGGUGUCGAUUGGGUGGAUGUAGUUGGAAGUGUAGUUGCUUGUUUUGUAAUCGGGGAUGGAUGGAAUAGCAUGUAGUCGGAAGAUAGCAAUGCUAGGGGUAUUAACAAG